CAACACUUCAUAGUGACUAAAAUUUGACAGGCCACCGCCUAGCUGAAAAACUUUUGCGGUUUUUCGCGUUUUUGUCGAAAAUAACUUGAAAAAGUUCGCUGAAAAUUCGUGUCGACUGACCAGAGUCCGCGAAUAUUGAACAAAAAUGACCGAACAACACAGAUUUGGCGGGUCUGUAAAUCCCAUAACGUGCCAUGCGUGGAACGGAGACCGAAGCCAAAUUGCCAUAUCACCGAACAAUAAUGAAGUUCAGGUGUACAAGCAUUCAGGCGCCGAUUGGAAGCUCUUGGACACGUUGAACAAACAUGAUUUGCGCGUUAUGGGGAUAGAUUGGUCCCCAAACUCCAACAGGAUUGUAACGUGUGCUGCCGAUCGUAAUGCUUACGUGUGGACACAGGACGAAACAGGCAAAUGGAAGCCGACGUUGGUUUUUUUGAGGAUUAAUCGCGCCGCAACGUGCGUUAAAUGGUCGCCGAACGGGAACAAAUUCGCUGUGGGAUCGGGGGCCAGGUUAAUUUCUAUCUGCUACUUUGAGCAAGAAAACGACUGGUGGGUUUCAAAGCAUAUAAAGAAGCCCAUUAGGUCCACUGUGACUACCAUCGAUUGGCAUCCAAAUAACGUUUUACUGGCGUCUGGUUCUACUGAUUACAAAAUCAGAGUUUUUUCGGGUUACAUUAAAGAUAUUGAGAAAACACCUGAGGCUACAGCAUGGGGUUCAAAAAUGCCCCUGGGACAACUAAUGGUGGAGUUUAACAACUCUAACGCUGGAGGAGGGUGGGUUCAAAGCGUGACCUUCUCUCCCGAUGGUAAUAAACUCUGCUGGGUCUCACAUGAUUCAACCAUCAACUUGGCCGAUGCCACUAAGGGGAAUGCAGUGCACAAACUGCGCACAAAAUACUUACCUUUCCUCAGCUGCAGUUUUAUUUCAAACAAAUCCAUUGUAGCUGCAGGACACUCUUGUGUCCCCAUUUUGUACUGCAUCAACUCCAAUGGGGAGCUUGUGGACAGUGGCCGUUUAGACACCUCGCAGAAAAAAGAUACUGGAGGCCUAUCGGCUAUGAAAAUGUUCCAUUCGCUGGAUAAACAAGCGCGCCUCGAAACAAACGACACAAAUCUGGACUCCAUUCACCAAAACGCGAUCACUUGCGUCUGCAUUCACACCGGAAAUAAGGCCAAAGCCACCAAAAUAAGCACUUCCGGUCUGGACGGACAGCUGGUCAUCUGGGACUUGAAUUCUUUGGAAAGGUCCAUCCAGGGCUUGAAAAUCGAGUAAUAACCGUGGGAUUUUAUGCAUUUUUUAACGAUUUUAUCAAUACAACUUAUAUUACAUUUUAAAAUGCGUCUUAUUACCUCUCUAAAACGUCAAAAUGACAAUAUUUUGUUUUUAUUAACGCCACCUAUCGAAAAC